GCUGGUAAUUUUCGUACGUGUUACGCGCCAGUUAGAGAGAGGCUCUGAGUAAAUUGUGAAAGGUCGGAAAUCGUGGGGUUGGAAGUUUUUGAAAGGCUGAUCGUAAAUUGUUGUAGUGAGUAAAAGCUUACACAUAAAAUAAUUUAAGAUGUACGGAAUGCUGUUGGAGAGCGUUCAACAUUUUGUCCAGUUGGAAUAUGGCGAUAAAAUAUGGCAAAAAGUCCUUUUGGCGGCAGAAUGUAAGUAUUCUGUUUUCAACACGCAUCAAACGUACCCGGAUAGCACCAUGGCCUCGUUAGCUACAGCUUUAGCCAACAUUACCAACCAAUCACCAGAUGAUAUAAUGAUGUUCUUUGGAAAAUGUUUUGUAAGAUUUUUCAGUAAUUACGGAUAUGAUGUCACAAUAAAAGCAACAGGAAGACAUUUUGCAGAUUUUUUAAACAGCAUGGACAACCUCCAUUCGCAGUUCAGAGUAUCUUAUCCAAAAAUGAAGAGUCCAUCAAUGUAUUUGACAGACAUCGAUAAUGAGGGCUGUGUAUUGAUAUAUCGAAGUACUAGAAAGGGACUAACACAUUACGUUAUGGGCCAAUUAAUGCAGAUAGCUACAGAUUUCUUUAAUUUAAAAUUGGAGACAAAAGUUAUGGACACUACCCACAAAGUGACAUCAGAAGGUAGAAAUCUUGUAAUUGUGAAGUUGCGGUUAAAUUUCGAUAAUACACAAUAUAUGCUCACAAAAACAGCAGCCAAAGACAAUCAAAUCAAAUGUGACCUGCCCCCGUUUUCUUGUUCGGUUUUAUUGGAAUUAUUUCCAUUUGCUGUGCUACUGGAUCCGACGCUCACCAUAAUCGGUGUGGGAGAAAAGUUAGUGGAAGUUUCUGGCGGCAAGGAAAAGUUACUUGGGCAACUUUUCACGAAAUAUUUCAAACUCAGAGCGCCGAAGGGUAUUUCCUUGACAUGGAAUAAUAUGUACUAUUUGAAAUCUGUUAUGAUCGAAAUUGAACUCCUGAGAUCAGAAUUAAUGAAAUCGAGCUUACGGACUUGCAAAACUUUCGAAGAGGAUCAGAACACGUUGGGCGACGAUUUAAAGUGUAGGGAGAUUGAAAUUGAUGGCAAAAGUAUAUCUCCUUUCUCCGCAAGACGGGACAGUCAGCCAGGAUUACGGAAUAUCCUUCUCAAAGGACAGAUGAUGUAUUUGAGCGAUAUCAAAGGGAUUAUUUAUCUUUGUAGCCCUGUAAUAAAUGAUAUAAACGAAUUACCAGAUCAGGGACUUUACCUAACCGAUCUAAACCCUCACGGUCUAAGCAAGGAAAUGGUACUAGCUGGCUGGCACAGCAGUUCUAGAUUGCGUCUGAUGUUUGACAAGGCGGAACAAAGGGCUUCCGAGCUUGAAAACAAUUACACCCUUUUGAACGUGUGGAAACGCAGGGGGGACGAUUUACUCUAUUCCAUGAUCCCUAAACCAGUGGCGGAUUGUCUGAGGGCCGGGAACAGCCCGUUGAGUACUUGCAAGUGUUUCGAUCCCGUAACUGUGAUGUUUUGCGAAUUAGUAGGAUUCAAUUCUUCUACUGUUGAAGAUGCAAUGGAGCUUGUCAGUACGAUGAAUGCGGUGUUUUCGUGUUUUGACUCGCUAAUGGACAAGUUCAAUGUGUAUAAGGUGGAAACUGUGGGCCAGAUCUACAUGGCGGUGUGUGGAGCUCCAAAUAAAAAUGAUAAUCACGCUAAAAAUAUCGUUGACGUUUCUUUGGAAAUGGUCCACCAUGUGAAGCAACUACAAAUACCUUCUGGAAACAAAGUUGAAGUUAGAAUAGGUGCUCAUUCUGGACCAGUUGUGGCAGGUGUGGUUGGAAUAAAAUUACCCAGGUACUGCUUUUUUGGUGAUACUGUAAAUACGGCCUCAAGGAUGCAAUCUUCCAGUGAGCCUGGUAUGGUUCAUAUUUCAGAAUCUACUCGUUGCCUGAUACCCGAUGAUACAUAUAUUUUGACCAGUAGAGGAACUGUCACAUUGAAG